AUGCUCGCCAAGGGCUUCCUGGCGCGGAGCUUUGACGAGCUCAAGAGGCGAUCCAGCAUAGCAUGGAACCUCGACGCUGUCAAAGGCCCUUCAGGCCCCCGCGAACUCUACGACUUCCACAGCGCUGAUUCGGUCAGCAACUGCAUCGUCAUGUCCGACACUCUAAUUGGCGGCUCCUCUACCAGCCACCUCGACUUUAUUACUCCUACGUCUUCGUCCUCGGCGCAAAUUUCGGCAUCGACGCCGGCACCCUCCUCUUACGCGCGCUUCUACGGCCACAUCUCAACUUCACUGCCUUCAGAUCGCCUGGCAAUCCAGCGAACGGGCUAUGCUGCGUUUCGGACGCCGGAUCAGCCGCCUACCGCCUUUGGUCGCUCCGUCUGGGAUAUUGAUCCGUAUACAUAUCUUGCAUUGCGAGUCAAGUCCGAUGGAAGGGCAUACUAUGUCAAUGUCCAGACAGAGAGCGUUGAGCCGACCGAUCUGCACCAGCACCGGCUGUUCGCAAAACGUCCUGGGCAAUGGGAGACGGUCCUCAUUCGAUGGAACGACUUUGUACGCACAAAUCACGGCUUCGUUGUCGAGCCUCAGACGGAGCUGCUGAGACAAAGAGUCCACACCGUAGGCAUUGGGCUGACGGAUCGCGUGGAGGGGCCCUUUGAGCUUUGCAUUGAGCGGGUUUGGGCGACAAACGGGGCGGAGGAGAAGGCUGCGGCGCAGGGAACGCAGGAUGGGGAAUUAAAGAACAGGAAAGGUGAGAAAAUUCAGUGGUGAGCAAUAGCGGCACCUUUGUGGAUAGUGCUCUGAGAGGAAUGACCAAAGGGGUCUCUUGAUCCAGAACACAUCGGUGACCAUCGUUUGGCCAGCAAGGAAGUGACUGUUGAUUGGUGCUCUCCUGGUUCUCUUCGACUUCUGCGUUGUGUAUAGGGGUGGCGGUGUCCGGCGGUGAGCUGCUCAGAUUUUUGCCUCGGUCUGGCUUGCUGGUCAUCGAACACUGGCUUGACCAGUCUUUACUUCCGAUGCCGUCAACUGAAGCUGAUUCUGAUCCACCUGCGUUACGACGUGGGCAAUUUCGUAGGGAAUGUCGCUUAGAUGAGGUGACACUACCUUGUAUUACUCAUGUAUCUAGGCGAAAUAUCUCAAACUUACCUUCCAAUUACCCCA